AUGGGUGGUCCCAAAAUUAUUAAGUCAGGUGUUGUCCCGCACAUAUUUGAUUGUCAACCAGACAGAAAACGAGCUUUUUCUCAGCCUGUGAGGGAAGCAGCCCUUAAAAAGGUAAAACGACAGCUUCCUGAAGAUGCCGCUUCUACAUCUAAGUCUGUUUUAGAAAACAAUGAUUAUAAGAAACAAUGUGAUCCUAGUUUCACAGACUUAGUACAAUCAGGACCUGAAUUAAACCAAUCAGCUUUACCUCAAAAACUGAAUAAUGCAUCAACACAGACUCACAUCAAAAUAAGAAGUAAAGUUAUUCAGUGCAAAUUUCAAAGGAGUGUUACAGUCGGGUUGUCGCCAUUGAAAAUACAUAAUAAGGAUACAGGAACUUCACCUAUAAGAGAGAUGCAAAUAUUUGAAGAUACAAAAAGUGAAUCAGCAAGUUCUGUAUUUGAAGAGUAUAGUGAAUAUAGUGGUAGUGACGACUGUUGGUACAAUGAAAGUGAUUCUUUAUCUUGUGAUGAAGAUACGAAAGAAGAGGAAGCAAAACAAUUUAAAAGUUUGUCUUUGAAGUGUACAGUGAUGAGGUUACAAUACAGACCUGGACUGUAUAUGGGGCUACCAGAAUAUGCAUUUUACACGUUUCAAUUAAUGGAAAAAUAUUGUAAGACUCAAACAAUGCAUCUAUUUUUAACUCUUAAAAAGAUAAGAACAGGACAAACAUUUAUGUCUCUUGGAGAUGAUUUCGGCAUAAGCGAAAGCAAUGCAUCGAGAAUAUUUGCAAAAUCUGUUCCAUUACUUAGUAAAUAUUUAAGAUCUUAUAUUUUUAAUCCCCAAGUGAGUUCAGUUAAAUUAAAUUUACCCUUAACAUUUCGAGCUCGUUAUAGUAAAGUAUUUUGUAUUAUCGAUUGCUUAGAAAUUGAAAUUGAAAAACCAUCAGAUUCUGUUAAACAGUCCUUAACAUGGUCUGAAUACAAAAAGUGCAAUACUCUAAAAUAUUUAAUUGCUGGCAUUCCUGAUGAGUUUAGUAAUUUUAUUUCUUAUGCUUUCGGUGGAAGAACGUCGGAUGCGGUUAUUCUUGAACAUAGUGGUUUUUUAAAUGUUCUUCCACCGAAAGUGGCGGUAAUGGCUGACAGGGGUUUUAAACACAUAUAG